ACACCCCCAUUCCGAGGUGGAACCCCUCGCCGCCGCACCCCCCCUCUCCUCCCCGCGAGGCGCCUCCGAUCCCCAUCGGCCACCGCCUCCUCCCUCCCGCGGCCGUCUUGGUGCCCCCCCCCUUUCGCAUGGCCGGACAGCCUCGGGAACGCGCGUCCCGCGCGGGCCGCAAGAACCGCGCCGCGCGCGCGAGCCCGGCCUCCGCCGCCGCGGCGGCGGUGGCGGCGGCCGCCCCCUCGCCCGCCUCCGAUCCCGAUCCGUCCGGGGUGUCCGCGGGGGAGGACACGGCGCCGUGGGGACGCGCCACGGCGGACGAGCUGGAGGAUCGGUUGCUGAGGAGGCUGGAGGAGGCCUACGCGGCGGCGCUGGCGCGCCUCGCCGACCUCGGGUACUGCGAUGAGGCCGCGCUCCACGCCGUGCUCCGCGCGGGGCACUGCUACGGGAAGCUCGGGGACCCCGUCGCCAACAUCGUCGCGAACGCGCGCGUCUUCCUCUCCGACCCCGAUCACGCCGGAGGGGCCGGUGGCUUCGCUGACCUCCGCCGCCUAGAGGAGUACUCCCUCGCGGGGCUCGUAUGCCUCCUCCAGAGCAGCCGCCCCACCCUCUCCCGCGCCGAGGCCAUGUGGUGCCUCCUCUCUUGUGAUCUCCGCCUCGAUCAGGCCAUUUCGAUGGGCGCCAACCUAAACGAGAAGCCCACUCCUGCAAUCGCCUCCGCUGACGAGCUUCCCCCCACCGCCGCGGCCCCCGGGCAGCGUGGCUACUGUCACUACCAUACCACCACAGCCUCCGCUACCCCUGACACCACCCUGUUUGAUCCUGAUAACUUCAUGCGACUCGCAAUGCGGCAGGGCCCUGGCAGUGUUUCUGGUGUGAUCUCCUGCAUCAAGACCACCUGGUCACGGUCCAAUGGUAGCGCACCAGAUGCACAAGCGCAAACGAACCAGUCAGUUACAACGAAGCUCUCCACAGAGGAGAUAAUUGAUUCUGUUGUGAAGGAGCUUAAGUUGCUUGACAUAGACAAAAAAGACACGCCUGAUGUGAAGCCUGACCCAAAGAAUGAGAUGGUGCGUGAUCUUAUAAAGCAGACACGGGAGAUGGAGGCGCAGCUGAAGGAGCGAAAAGAGUGGGCGCAGCAGAAGGCGAUACAGGCUGCUCGCAAACUUGGCACUGAUCUCACUGAGCUGCGCGUGCUACGCAUGCAGCAUGAUGAGAACCAGCGGCGCAAGAAGGAUAAGCAAGAAAUGGAAGAUGAAACAAUGAAGCGGCUCACUCAACUGGAGAAUGAGCUAAAGAAGAAGAGUGGGCAGCUUGACCGGAGUAAUGCGACAGUGCAGAAACUGGAAAUGGAGAAUGCAGAGAUACGUGCAGAGAUGGAAGCUGCAAAGUUGAGUGCAUCAGAGUCUGAACGGCAGUGCCAGAAGCUGGUGAAGAAAGAGAAGAAGGACAGCAAAAGACUUGAGAUGUGGGACCGCCAGAAGGCAAAGUUGCAGGAGGACAUUGCUGAAUGCAAGACAAAGAUUACACAGGCGGACAGGGAGCUUUCUGAAGUCAACAAGGCAAUAAGAAAUAUGGAGAUGAAAAUAAGAGAAGAUGCAAAAGCCAGAGAAGAAAACCUGGCACUUGCAGAACAGGAGCGCACGAAGCGGGAAUCUGCUAAAGCGAAUGCUGAACGCCGACUUGAAGAAAUACGCCAGAAGACAGAAGUGGAGUCUCGGUGCUUCAAGGAUGAUAUCAAGAGGCUUGAAGAUGAAUUAGCCCGCCUGCAGAAGUCAAUGGGCGUUAAUCAACCAACUGUUCCCUCAACCCACCCUCCUGGUGUGACCGAUCGGAACACCGCAAGGGCACCAAAGCAGCCCAGCCAGAGGCCAUCAGCUGCAUCCAACAAGCCGCAAGCGCCUACCCAGAAGAUGAGCCGUCGCAGAGACUGUGUAGUCUGCAAGAAGGAGGAGGCGUGUGUGAUCUUACUCCAGUGCGCGCAUCAGGUCCUGUGCGUCGGUUGCAACAAGCGGCAUGAGGAGAAGGGCGCGGUCCGCUGCCCCUGCUGCAAUGCCAAAGUCGACGAGAGGAUCAGGGUUUUUGGUGCCAGCUCCAAUUGAGGCACCUGAUGGUGCCUGUUGGGAACCUGGGGUUGCUGCCGCUGCCCUGCAUAUGCCUUGGUUUUUUUCCCCUGGGGCGAGGAGAAGUUUGUGGUUUGCUUCCUUUACCUCCUUUACUGUGAAGAAAGUAUUAUAGGUCUGCACCUGCUGAGAUCUUUUACCUUGUUGCUUUCAGCUGUUCAUGGAUGCUAUGCUGAAUGGCUACUCUCUUGGGGUACAUGGAUAUAAUUGAACCUUUUUUUGGUAUAGGAGAAAAAUCGAAUAGCAACUGUUGGGAUACAUGCAACAAUGGUACAUUUUCCCACUAUAUAUGUCUCGUGUUGGUUUUCCGGUUGGGAGAUUUCGGUUGAACACAGAAGACUGCAAAGCUAUGUUGCUGUAGACCUGUCGCCGAUAUGGGCUGUUAGGAUUAUGGGGAGGGUGAAGGUUUUCUGGUUUGUAAUGGUUGGAUCUAGACCUGAUUUGGCUUAUCUUUCCCUCGAGGAAACGGUUAAGGGCUUCUCCUUUUUUUUUUUUCCUUUUUGGGCGGUUAACCGCUCUUCUGGAACGUAGUAACACGGGUCCGCGAAGAUGCUUAUGCUUAUAAGAGCAUCUCCAACGCUGGAGUGCUUAAAUAGGUGCUAAAAAG